ACAAAGAAAAAAACCAAAAGCUAAAAAAUCUCGUCUUCAUCCCUGUCACUAUCAUACAACCUGUCGGUUUUUCAAGGAAGGGUUUUUGUAGGGUUUUUUAUGCUUCUCCUCUUUCUCCGUUCAAGCACUAUACGUAAACCAAGAUAAAAGGAGAAAAAGAAGUAUGGGUUCCUUGACAGAUGAACAAGAAAGAGAAGAGGAAAACAGAGUAAUGGAAAAAGAAGAAGAGAAGGAAGAGGAAGAGCCCAUAUUGAAAAAACAAAACCAGAGGUUUUGCAUGUUUCCCAUUAGGUAUCAGACACUUUGGGAGAUGUACAAAAAGGCUGAGGCAAGUUUUUGGACAGCUGAGGAGGUUGAUCUCUCACAGGAUGUGCAGCACUGGGAUACCUUAUCUAAUUCAGAAAAACACUUCAUAAGCUAUGUGCUGGCAUUUUUUGCUGCAUCUGAUGGCAUAGUUUUGGAGAACUUGGCUGCAAGAUUCCUAAAUGAUGUUCAAAUUCCAGAGGCCCGGGCAUUCUAUGGAUUUCAAAUUGCAAUGGAGAAUAUUCAUUCUGAAAUGUACAGCUUGCUUUUGGAGACAUAUAUCAAGGAUUCAAAAGAAAAGCGUAGAUUGUUCAAUGCUGUUGAAAGCAUACCUUGUGUCAAUAAGAAGGCUAAGUGGGCUUUGGAUUGGAUUCAGAGUUCCUCUUUGUUUGCAGAAAGGCUUGUUGCUUUUGCAUGUGUUGAAGGGAUCUUCUUUUCUGGAAGCUUUUGUGCAAUUUUCUGGCUUAAAAAGAGGGGACUGAUGCCAGGUUUGACGUUCUCAAAUGAGCUUAUAUCUAGAGAUGAGGGCCUUCACUGUGACUUUGCUUGCCUUCUGUACAGUUUGUUGCAGAAGCAACUUAAAUGGCAAAAGGUCCAUUGCAUUGUUCAUGAAGCAGUGGAAAUUGAGACUGAGUUCGUGUGUGAAGCUCUCCCAUGUGCACUUAUAGGCAUGAACUCAACACUCAUGAGCCAGUACAUAAAGUUUGUUGCUGAUCAUCUUUUGGUUGCAUUAGGGUGUCAGAGAAAGUACAAUGUGGAAAAUCCAUUUGAUUGGAUGGAAUUUAUAUCUUUGCAAGGAAAAGCAAACUUCUUUGAGAGGAGGGUUGGUGAUUAUCAGAAAGCAUCUGUUAUGUCUAGCCUUCAGAAUGGUGGUAAUAAAAACUAUGUCUUCAAACUGGAUGAAGACUUCUAAACCAAAGACAGGUUCUGAAAUUCCAAUGUCAUUAUGUAGUGUUAUGUAAUUACUUACAAUUUAAUUUUGUUACUAUUCUUUGUAGCAACACUAUAUAUGACUAUAACAUGGUCUGAUUGUAUGGUAAAUUCCAAAACAUAAGUUCAUGGCCUGCAGGCUGCAUUGAUGAAACUUAAAUUAUAUUUUGAGGCGUCAUUUUUGGAUGCAUAUUGUUGUUCCCACAUCUCAUGUUUGUAAGUGGCUGUCAUAUUCGAACAAGUACCCUUUGUAUCUUUAUUCUGUCAUAUUUGCUGUUUCUAAAUGGAAAAUCUACAG